AAUCCUGUAUGAAUACAUUUGAAAGGUUGCUUUUAUUUACAGUUAACAACAUUCGCAAUAUUAUUUGUCUUUAAUUUUGCAGAAUGGUUAGAGCUUAUACGUUGUACUUUCUGUAUCGAAAGCGAGGCGAAAACUGCUUCCUAUUUUUGCGAUAUAAGAACUUCGUUGUUUAAAAGUCUUGACCUGUCAAAGCCAACGCAAUAAAUAGCAAUCAAUUUCAUGCGUCGUAAUUUUCAGCUGAAUGGAAAAAGUGGGAUUUUUCUUGCUAAAUUUAAAUUUUAUCACGUUGCUUUUUAAAUCAAACAGUCUUUCGUUGGAAGCAAGAUGGCCAGCAGGGGAAUAUAGUCUACCGAAACCUAAAACAGGAUGUCCAGAUAAUUCCUGGAAAGAAGGAUGGCUAAGACAAGAAAUGGAAAAUGAUGACAUAAAUGACAAAAUAAAUGUCAAAAGUAAAUUUUCUUCAAAUUUUCAUAUGAAUGCAAGUAUUGUUAAUGGAACUGAAAGUGGACAAUAUGAGUUUGUUGACAGAGAAUUCUGUACAAAGAAUUUGACAUUUGGAAAUAAAACGAUUUGGAAAUAUUGGCCAAAAGGAAUGUAUUGUAUUUACCAAAAGAAUGAUUGUCCAUAUGACUUGGAUGAAGGCUGGAUUCAACUUGAUGAUGAAGAUAAUUUUGAUGGUGUAAAUAGAAAUAAGCAUAGAGGAAUUUUACCAAAGUUUUCACAGAGGAUCUCCAAUUUGGGAGCAACCAGACUAUUUUACUGCUGUCAAACAAAAGGACAAUGGUACAACCCAGUUGAGUUGCCUACAGAAAAACCGUUUUAUUUGUUACCAUAUAAAACGCCCAACUGUCAGCGCGUAUGGUGGAUGGUCAGCUCUCUUGAAUACAUCGUAUAUGAUACUGAGAAUGAUAUGAAUGGAGAUAAGUUCUUUGGACAUCACGUAUACACAAAUAAAGUGAAAAGCUUACCAAAAAUAUUUUACUGUUAUUACGCAGGAUGUCGGUAUGAACUUCAUGGAAAUACUGGAUUGUUCAAGUCACCAAAUGUUAACAAUUCCUUUUCUGAUUUCCAUUCUUGUUCAUGGUCAAUAAAGGUUGAUUCGACGCGAAAAAUUUCAUUGGUAUUUCAUCAGUUAAACUUGCCGGAUUGUCAACAAAUUUUUUUGGCAAUUUAUGAUGGGCAAAAUGCCACGAGUUCGAUGCUGUUGGCUGUUUAUUGUGGCAGAAAUGCAACUUCUCAUAAUGAGAUAAAUUCUACAAGAAAUGAAUUAUUUAUUGUUAUGAAACUUGGACGAACUACAAGUAGAAAAAAAUCGUCAACUGGUUUUGGCUUUUAUGCCCGUUACGCAACUUUUGCAAAUAUUAGGAAUCCUAAGCCAGUGACAACAAAGAACACUCUUUCCACUUCAUCAUAUGUCACAAAUGGAACAAAUGGCACAUAUAGAAGUCAAGAAGAGAAUAUGUUUGACGAAGAAAGAAAGAGAAAGCCAUUAUUAAAAAUACUCCUACCAAUCCUUACAUUGGGGUUUGUUGUAGUUCUUGGUGUCGUCUUCUUUGUUUAUUUCAAAAGACGGAAACAAAGUCCAGCUUUCCAGGAGGAUAUUGCAGACAGGAAGAUUUCUAAUAAUGAGAUGUACGAAAAUCCCGAUUUUUUAACCUCAAAUCAAGAUCAAUCUGGAAAUGAUGACGUAAAUUCGAAAGAAACAUCAAAUCCAAUUUAUGGCUCAAAGUUUAAUGUUAUAUAUUCAACUGUAAAAGAUUUAGAGCUGUUUAAUGCAAAUGUGAAUGUCUUAUAUGAGCCUGGGAACACGCAAGAAAACAGUUUGCAAAUUGACAGGGAUGACCCAGAGUUUGGCAAAAGAUACUCAAAUGUAAAAUAAUUAGAUAUGUAUAGUGCAAAUGAUAAUAUAUUAGUCUGCAUAUCUUUAAAGAAACAGUUUGUAAAAUGGCAAUUAGCAAAGAUGCUAAGAGUUGAAUUGUACAAUGAAAAAACUUGAUAGUUUGCA